AUGGCUAUGAAAGGUGACGAUAUGGAGGAUAUCAAGCCUACGGGCUUGGAAACGCAGAAUGACAUUGACGGCGCGUCCGCUGCGCAUGCGACCGAUUCGUCAAACGUACACGCCCGCCCUACCGUCGCCGACUUGCAUGGAGAGAAUCACUUCGCGCAGGUAGCGAGGAAGAACUGGCUUGCCGCCAAGAAGACACCUAAAGUGCGGCCGGAAGUGGUGAAGAAAGAGCUAUGGGAUGAGCUGGAGAAUGCCGACUUCGCAUACUCGUCGCUUUUAAUUCUGGAGAACCUGCAGCUUCUGGAGAGAUAUUUGUGGCCUGGCUUCACCGAAGAUGCAUCGAAUUACCACGUCCUGCUGGUGGCGCUCAUGGUUAAUGUCAAGAGGAGGGAGAAUCUGACAUCCUGGGAUCAUUUCGCUGGCAAACCCGCCGAAUUCUCCUCCUUCUUCCGCCGCAUACUAUCCAUGACCGUAGACCCGUCGCAACCGAGCAAGAUCCGGACACAGCUUAUAUCCUUCGUCAUCGGCGCCUUCCAAUCGUUAGACAGCGGUCUUGUGCGAAAAGAGUGCGCACCUCUUGUCGGCAUAUCGAUAUGGCAAAAUCUCCAUUCGGAAGCCGUGCGCGAACAAUACUUUGAGGAACACAGCAUGUUGCGCAAGGCAUGGAGAGCCGCGUCCAAGCGGUUCGAUGCUGGCGAUGAAGUGCUGCAGGCGAGGUUACGGUUCGAGCGGUCAUGGAUCUACACACUCCUGCUGGAUUUUAUCGACCGGCUAUACAACAGCACCGUCAGGGAAGAGGCUAGGGACAACAUGGCCUACUGCGAGCGCUUCAUGGAAUUUCUGAUAGACCUGCAGAGCCAGCUGCCAACAAGGAGAUAUGUCAAUACGCUGCUGCAGGACUUGAACAUGCUGCCAGCUAUUCGAUUGUCGCCCAUGUAUACAGACGAGGAUAACGGCCUUUUCCGGGACCUCUUCGACUUGCUGAGUCAUUUCACCAACUUCCCCAUCGAAGACCAAACAGGCAGGCAACUGUCGAAGCUGGAGUACGACCAACAGCAUUACGACAUUCUGGCAAAGUUGCAGCGAACAGGUUACGCUGCUUUUCAAGAGAAGCUUCAGUUGAUGGCUCUGGCAAACUACAGCAGCAUUGGAAACCGGGAAGAGUUGGACGGCCAUCUGCGCACACUGAGCGAUAGUGAGCUCAUGGAGCUCUGCUCUCUCAUGGGCCUACGGACAGAGUACCCCACCACAACCUACCUGGUGCGAGACCGAGCUUUCUAUAUGGAAACCCUGAUUGCCCUUGUCGAACAGCGCCCUACCUUCAAAGACAACGUUCGCGAGAUGCCAGUAUUGCCAACUGAGAAGGUUCUCUAUGAGACCACCUUCCUGCGAAACGAGUCCUACGACGGAUCAAGACCGCUCGCUAUACCUAAGCUGAACCUUCAGUACCUGACCAUGGGCGAUUUCUUGUGGAGGUCCUUCAUUCUGUACCGCGCUGAAUCUUUCUAUGGUAUCCGGAAGGACAUGGAGGACGUAGUCAAGCGCAUAAAACCCAAGGGUAGAGGCGUCAACACUAAGUUUGGGGGUGUGUCCAAGAUGUCACUGCCUAUCAUGAAGCCUGCUAUCGUCGACGUAGCGCCGUCCAAGGUCGGCGAGGAGCAUCCUGCGUACGUUCGUGCAGAAAUUAUAUUAGAUGUCAGUCGUCUCCAAUACCCAGUGCGAAGGGACUGGGAACAGCUCAGACCGGAUGAUGUAGUCUUCCUUCUUGCUGUCGAGGGUAAAGAUGACAUGCCCAUGCGCAACGGUCACCGCGAAGAUGUCACCACUGGCGAGCAGCUCGGCCUGCACCGGAUGAGAUGCGCCCAGGUGGUUCAAGUUCUGGACGACAAAGGACGGCCUCUACGCGAAUCAGCCCGUGACGAUGGCUUUGGACCUCGGGUACGCCAACGACGGCUCCUUGUCAACAUAGACGCGAAGCAAUACAAGAUCGACAUGGACAAAACUGCCGAAGGAAGGCCCAAUGUUUACGAGCACAUCAACCUCAUUGUCCGUCGGAAAGGACGGGAGAACAACUUCUUACCCAUCCUUGAGUCCAUCAAGCGCCUGACGCUCUCGGACAUCCCAGCACCAUCCUGGCUCCAGGAGGUCUUCCUAGGAUACGGUGAUCCUGCAUCCGCAACAUACAAGCGCCUUCCCAAUCGACUGAACAAGAUAGACUUCCGCGAUACCUUUUUGGACUGGCAGCACCUGAUUGAGUCUAUGCCUGGCAAGUCCAUCGAACCCCACGAGGAAGCGCAGACAUCCUUUGGACCACCAUACGUAGUGGAGUACGCUGCUGCAGCCGAACCAAAAAUCGCACCUCCUCGAGCGUCCAAAAAGCGGCGUCGUGACCAGGUUGAAGUUGCACAACCUCUGCAUGAGUCGCUUCACGUAUCCUCGUACAAACCACCGAACAUGGGGCCAUACCCUGCAGACGCGCCGAAGCUGAAUGCGGUCAGAUUUACGCCAGCCCAAAUUGAAGCCAUCACUUCUGGAACCCAACCUGGUCUCACGGUGGUGCUCGGACCCCCGGGUACCGGCAAGACGGACGUUGCGACCCAGAUUAUAUCCAAUAUAUAUCACAACUUCCCGGACCAGCGGACUUUGCUCGUCGCGCACAGCAAUCAGGCGCUUAACCAGCUCUUCCAGAAGAUUGUGGCGCUUGACAUUGAUGAGCGUCACCUUUUGCGCUUGGGUCAUGGUGAGGAGGAUCUGGAGACUGAUGUGAGCUACAGCAAGCACGGACGUGUGGAGUCGUUCCUCGAGAGAGGACAGUACUACCUGUCUGAAGUUGAUCGUCUGGCAAAGAACUUUGGUGCACCUGGUGCUCAUGGUAGCUCGUGCGAGACAGCAGACUAUUUCAAUCUUGUCUACGUGAAGCCAGCAUGGACGCAAUACUGGGACAGCGUUUCCUCCUCUGACACCAGCGUCGAGCAGAUAAUCACCGAGUUCCCCUUCAGGGACUACUUCUCCAGCGCACCGCAACCUCUCUUCCCCCAAGCCGCAGACCGCGAACAAAUCCUUGAAAUCGCACAAGGUUGCUACCGCCAUGUCGAGAAGAUCUUCACCGAGCUUGAGGACAUCCGCCCCUUCGAGAUCCUGCGCAACCCACGUGAUAAAGCAAACUACUUGCUCGUAAAAGAAGCUCGUAUCAUCGCCAUGACAUCAACCCACGCUGCGAUGCGGCGCCAAGAGAUAGCCGGAUUAGGUUUCCACUACGACAACGUGAUAAUGGAAGAAGCGGCUCAAAUUACCGAGAUAGAAAACUUCAUUCCUCUCGCUUUGCAGAACCCGCGGGAACAGGAGGGCGAACGAGAACUCCCGCUCCAGCGUAUUGUUCUAGUCGGCGACCACCUUCAAAAUUCGCCGGUAAUACAGAACCUCGCUUUCCGUCAGUACGCAAACCUAGAGCAAUCUUUGUUCCAGAGGCUUGUGAGAUUGGGUGUACCGACCAUCAUGCUCGAUCAGCAAGGUCGUGCCCGGCCUUCCAUCGCAGAGCUGUAUAAGUGGCGGUACCCCUCAUUAUCGAAUCUACCGGCGGUGCUUAGCAAACCCGAGUUUCAAGUCGCCAACCCAGGUUUUAAGCACGAGUACCAGUUCAUCGAUGUUCAGGACUACAAAGGCAAAGGUGAAGAUCAACCCACACCGCACUGGAUGAUUAAUCUGGGAGAGGCGGAGUAUGCGGUUGCGCUAUUUAUGUACAUGCGAUUACUCGGGUACCCGGCGCACAAAAUCUCCAUACUUACCACCUACGCUGGCCAGAGAUCGUUGAUAAAUGAUGUUCUGGGGCACAAGUGCAAGAACAACCCGCUUUUUGGCAGACCGAGGAUUGUGGCGACGGUGGAUAAGUAUCAGGGAGAGCAGAAUGACUAUGUCAUCCUCUCCCUCGUGCGUACCCGCGCCAUCGGCUACCUCCGCGAUAUCCGUCGCCUCACCGUUGCCCUCUCGCGCGCACGUCUGGGUCUUUACAUUCUUGGCCGCCGCUCCGUUUUCGAAUCUUGCUUUGAGCUUAAACCCGCGUUCGAUAUCUUGCUUCAGCGGCCUGAUAAACUGGCGCUCGUUACGGACGAAAUGUUCGGUGAGACGCAACGCCCAGUUGAGCAGGCGCAUGCUGUGCAAGGUGAGGCGGUCAUGGAAGACGUGGAACACCUGGGUAAAUAUGUUUAUGAGAUGACCAAGGCGAAGGUGGAGGUUAUGAAAGCAAAUGGGGGCGUUAUGCCCACGCGGGAGAUUACCAUGGGGGAAGCCAACGGUAAUAGUGGGGGGAAGGAGGAUGAGGAGGAGGAUGAUGAUCGACCGGAAAACGUACUCAUCCCCGAAGAAGUGCCCGAAGAUUUUGAAGAUGAGGACGAGGUUGCGGUUUAA